AGAAACACUUUCCCUGUCAGACACCUGGCUGUUCGGUACAUUGUGAGGAGUUGAGGGAUGCAGCUGGUAAUUUUUUUCCUGUUGAUACUGACACACACAUAUGCAGAUUACCCUGCAUUAAAAGCUGUUCUGUCAGAAAAGGGUCUCAGAGAUGUGUCUCAAAUGAUGGCUGUUUGGAUACAAAACAAACUGAAGAGUACUGAAAUCCCAGAGGUCCGGGGUGGGGUGGACAUUGGGAUCGGCACUGUAGAAUAUGUCAUCUCGAACAUGCAGGUUGUGCAGUGCAGCAUGUCAGGCCCAUCAAUGGAAUUUGUAAAUGGAAUAGGUGUAUCUGUGGAAGUUAGCCAACUCUCAUUAGCUAUCACAGGCAGCUGGGCAACACAGUUUGGUAUCAUCCAUGAUGGUGGCUCAGUUGAUCUGGCUGUGUACAAUAUCAAAAUCAAAACCCUCCUGGGGUUAGGGGAUGAAGCUGGCCGACUCUCCAUCACUACCAUUUCCUGUAGUGAUGACGUAGGAGGUGUGCACAUUCAGUUCCACGGAGGUGCUAGCUUUUUUUUCCAGCCAUUUGUAAGUGCUUUCCAAGGACAGAUCUCAGAGAUGAUACAUGUGAGGAUUUGUCCAGCAAUUCAACAAGCAAUCAGUGAAUUGGAGAAGAAUCUACAGAAAAUACCUGUUAGUAAGAUACCAAAGAGUUUCCCGAUCCAUCUGAACACCAGCCAGUUCGGUGCUUUCAUUCCACAGCUGCGCACAUUAUAUCCCAACAUGGAGAUGCAGGUGCUCUUGUACGCCAGUAAGACGCCACUAUUCUCCUUCAGUUCAGGGGUGAUAGACGUUCACGUACCUGUUGCUGCAAAGUUCUCAGUUGUUAAACCUGAUGGCAUGCUGGUGCCUCUUUUCAGACUGGAUGUGGACGGCAGCUUCAGUGGAAGUGCUUUGAUUGACAAUAAACACCUUACUGGAGAUUUUAAAAUGAAAAAUUUAACAGUGACUGUUGGAUCAUCUGAGAUUGGUGAUUUCAAGACUGCCGGGCUCGAGCACAUAUUAGUGAUUGCAGUAAACAUAUUUGUACUUCCAAAACUAAAUGAUUACCUGAAGACUGGCUUUCUCCUACCCACACUGCAGGACUUUAGUUUGAUUAAUUCUAAAUUGCUCAUAAAAAAUGGCUUUGUGGUCAUUUUUACUGAUGUUGAAAAUUCUUGGACAGUCUCAAUGAAAACUAAGGUCCAAACUUCUCCAAAUAAUCACUUCAAUGGAGUCAAUUUGCAUGCAUAAGUAAUCUGGCUUGCAAGGAAGGGCGGCGUGAUGUCUUUCAGCUAGAGUUUGGAGGAAGAUUAUUUGUUCUGUGACAAAUUUAUAUAUAUAUAUAUAUAUAUAAUCAUAGUCC